UAUUUAUUUGAAUUGUGAAUAUUUUACUUUAGCAAUUUUCAUAAAUAACUUUGUCGUCACACGUUUUUAGCCUUCGAAGUCGGUGGAGCGUCGAGAUGAUUUUUACCUAACAAUAUUUUAUUUUUAUAUACGUUGCAGGUCGUCAAUAAUGAUUAUUAAAAGGUAGCCGAACGUCUGUAAUGCGUUCGCAAACAAUCUCGAUGCCGAGAAAUGGAGAGACAGCAGUGUAAUCCACUUCAAAACUUUGACGAUUCGAAGAGUGAGAUUUUGAAAAAAAGAUUACUGAAAUCGAGCAGCGCUCCCGCCUGCAACAAUCUAGCUACGACCGGUUCGCAGCAUAAUGUGCUGCUGAAUACUUUGCGCACGCCGAUAUCGAGCAGCAUGAUCGUGUCGUCGGUGGGCAGCGGGCAGGGCGCGCUGCCGCUGCAGCACGGGCUGGUGACGCACUCGCUGGCGCCCGUGAAGCUGCACCCGAGCCCCGCGCAGUACCCCCUGCAGCUGUCCACCGUGCACGUGCCCGUGCAGAUCCCCGGCACCAGCGCCAACAUCAACGUGCCCGUGCAGCUCUCGGGCCCCAGCAGCAGUGUGCCUCUGCAAAUAGCCCCCGUCAGUCUUCCAAUACAAGUGUCCGGGACUACAAGUGUGCCAGUUCAGUUGCCAGCGGGAGAUACUAUCAAUGUUCCUUUGCAAAUCCCUGGUGCUAGUCAGAACAUUCAACUCGGGGCUCCGGGUAUGCAGUCUAUGCCAAUUUUGCAAAGCUCUAGUCAGCCAAUGAGUUCUAUUAUACAUGUGCAUAUGGGGUCUAAUCCUCGGUCUAACAGUAUGGACAAUGGUGGUGAUAUGACAGUGACCAGUACCUCUCAGAUUCAAACUGUAACUUCAGGAGGUCAAGUGCACAUGGGGAACAAUUCUACAGUUGUGCAGAUACCAAGUUCAGUUAAUAAUUCGAUACAGUUAGCUCUUCCUAAUUCGGUCAGUUCAGGAACUGUGCAGCUGCGAGGGGCCACCAGGAAUGUGCCUCAUGUGGUGUACAUCCAGACUCCGCAAGGUCUGAAGCCAGUGACCAGCACUGAUGUCAUCAGCCAAGCCAGCACCAGUGGAAAUCCUCCACAGAUCAUAGUUAGGAGACCUGUCACCAGCAACUCCAACAUACAUUUGAUAUCUAAUGUCAACAACAAGCCAAACAUUGCACCAAAAAUAGGUCAGGGCAAGACUGUCCUGGCCCCAGCGGCCACACCGCCUAUAGUUAUCCAGAAACCUAAAAACAAUGAGAAAAUGAUUGUCCCAGUCAGCAUUGCUCCUGGAACAGCAGGGAAGCAAGCCAUAGCCUACCUCAGCUCAGUCAAGAAACCUAACACUAAAAAUAUGGCAGACAACCAGUCCAUUCUAAUCUCUAAUAACCAGUCCACUGUCAACUCUAACAACCAGAAGCUAUUUCUUACUCCAAUGAAUAUGCCAAAAAUACAAAACACAAAGUUUAUCCUGCCAGUCACUUUACCAGCCACUAUGGCUUCUAAAGGACCUAUCAUAAAUUUGCAAAUAGCUAAUGGGCAAAUACAAAAUGAUCCCCAAGGAGGUAUUACUGUCAUGAGAGACAGUGCAGGCUUAGAGUCGGCAGAUAUGCCACCGUUGCAGCCUCUAGCAAAAAUUGGAAAUCUUAAUGGGAAUAGCAAAGAAACUAAUCCAGUGCCACAGAGUCCUAGCAAAUGUGAAACAUACACAAUAUCCAUUCCUGGGUCCCGAGCGGAGCCUACAGAAGAACAAGGAACAUAUACACUGUCAAUACCAGAAACCAAUGCUUCAAUGAAUGAUGACAUCUACACAGUCUCAAUAGCUGACGAUGAGGAUCGAAGUAGGGAAAAGUCCUUCACUCUAGCAAUACCAGAAAAGGGGAAGAGUUUGUUAAAUAGAAACGAUCGAGAGGAAUGAAGUUGGUUCCAUGUGACGAUAGCGGCACCUGCUAUUUUAAGGCGAUCUAACUCUGAUAACAGUGAAAGAAAAGCUUCCAAUGCGAAUCUCAAGAGGCGGAUAUCCCUAUGCAAUGAAAAUUUCACUAGUAAAAACAUUAAACUGACACAACCGCUGCCAAAACCGGUGGAAAAAUCCGAAGAGCCUCCAGAUUCUGACAAUAACGACGAUCAUCGCGUGCCUUCUCUCUUUUGCGACGAAAAGUUAGACAAGGACUUGGAAUGCAAAGUCAUUCUUGGUGAUUCAGACGAGGACUACAAGGAAAAGAAAGAACCAGAAACCAAGAGCUUAUUGUACUACCAGAAAGAUAUGAAAAAUGAUAGAAUGAAAAGGGAAAGUGUUGAUAGUGCGUUAGAGGAAGAUCCUCCUGGAUUAUUCUGGAACAAUGGGAUAGCGCAGCUGCAAGGCAGCACGCUACAGUUCCAAACAAAUGAAUUUGGGCUUAUAGAUAUCAUAGAUGCGAGAUCCUGAAGAGUUACCUCUCCACCGAGUGCGAAAUACCACACGCCGUUAAAACAGCGAGAACGUCCGCGCGAAAAGAAACCGACGUCCCCUGAAGAUUUGUACCGUUGCGACGGCUGCGGCUGCCAUGGGAUGGCAGCAGAAUUCAUUACGCCUAACUUCUGCAGUCUCACUUGCCAAAGCGAUGUACAGAAGAUUACUCAAAAGAAGCGAGAUCGCGAGCGCGCAGAGCUAACUCGCCGGAGGAAUAAGAUGAAGAAACUUCUGAUGAGGAAGCAGCAUGAUGAGCCGAUGGACGAGCCGGCUAAGCCUGACGAUGAGAAGUUGUCUGACGAUGUGAUAGACGAGAAGUACCCGUGGAUGUGUGGGAAGAACGGUUUCUCGUGGAUGCGGUACCUGGACUUCUGUAAGGCGAAGGCGGCCCCGGUGAAGUUGUUCAAGGACCCGUUCCCGUACAACCGGAACGGGUUCAAGGUCGGCAUGAGGAUGGAGGCGAUAGACCCGCAGCGCGCGUCCGUGUGGGCCGUGGUGUCUGUGGCUGAAGUGCAGGGCUACCGCCUGCGCCUGCACUUCGACUCGUACCCCGACAUCCACGACUACUGGGUGAACGCGGACUGCGCGGACAUGUUCCCGGCCGGCUGGUGCGAGCGCAACAACCGCGCGCUGCGCCCGCCCGCGGCGCACGCGCACGGCUUCAGCUGGCCCCUGUAUCUCAAGCAGAUGCGGGCUAUAGCCGCGCCUAGGCACCUGUUCCCGCAUAUCACUGCUGCGACUGUAAAACCCAACGGCUUCCGCAUAGGCAUGAAGCUCGAAGCCGAAGACCGCAAGAACGACAUGGUUUGCGUCGCCACCGUCGCGGACAUGCUCGACGCCAGACUACUCAUCAACUUCGACUCCUGGGACGACAUGUAUGACGUCUGGCUGGACCCCACCUCGCCGUACAUACACCCGGUCGGCUGGGCGGAGGAGAACGACAUCGCACUCACACCGCCCAACUUCUACAAGGACCCGGACGCGUUCUCUUGGGACAGCUACCUGGCCGAGACGGGGGCCGCGGCGGCGCCCCCGCGCGCCUUCAAGACGCGCCCGCCGCAGGGCUUCAAGCCCGGCAUGAAGCUGGAGGUCGUCGACAAGAGGGUGCCGUUCCUGAUCCGCGUAGCCAGUAUAAGCGAAGUGAAAGGCCAUCAAGUCCGCGUAUCGUUCGAUGGAUGGCCGGACGAGCUAUCUUAUUGGCUGGACGAUGACUCUCCUGACAUCCACCCUGUCGGCUGGUGUUUGAAGACGGGACAUCCACUGGAACCACCACUAACGGCUGAAGAAGCAGUGGUCCGCGGCCCCUGCGGCGUAGGCGGGUGCCGCGGCCUCGGCUCCCUCCGCAGAGGCGCUCACAAGCAGCACGUAGCGGCCUCUGCUUGCCCCUAUCGCGCCACUUCCACACCCACCCCGCCUGACCGGCUCGCUGCAGAACGACCCACGAGACCGCUGGGCCGGCCUCCGAAAGCGGCUGACACACUCACUCCCACCAGCGACACACACACGCCGAAAGAGAAACCCGCAAGAGGAAGACCUCCAAAACAUAAGAGGGUGGAGGAAAUCUCGAAAGCGGAUCAGGCAUCCGACGACGAGUCAAUAUCGAGCAGUAACGCCGCCAGCAGUCGUCGCUGGCGAGUCCGUCGCCUCCGCUCACCGCGUCAGUCACGCGAGCGAGAACUGCAGUCUGACGUGCACAGACACAUCGCCGCGUUGCAGCUGCCGAGCCGGCCGGAUAUAUGGACGCAGGAGGAGGUGGGCAUGCUGGUGGCGCGGGUGGGCGGGGGCGCGGCGGGGGCGGCGGCGCGCGCGGCUCGUCUGGCGGGCCGCGAGCUGCUCAUGGCGUCGUGCGAGGAGCUGCGCGCCGGCCUGCAGCUGCGCCUCGGGCCCGCCGUCAAGGUCUACGGCGCCAUUCGACAGUUACGACGCGCCAUCACAUGAAAAAACCAUCACUACGCUUCCCUGCCGGUCAUAGAAACAUCUAAUAUACAGGGUAAUUCAAGAUAAACUGGCGGAAACAUCGAAAAUGCUUACUGUACCUCAGCAGUAACAAUUACCCCUGUUUAACAAUUAAAGAUCAAUGCAUCCAAAAUCAAGCUUGAAAGUUUGGGAAAAUCCAAUUUCAAUGGAACAAGCUAUUUUUAUAACUUCUGAAACUGGACUAAUAAUUGUUCUGGAUCACUCAUGGCUUGAAUUCACUACGUGGUAUUUCUCUGCCAAAUGUGUACAACCUCAAAAAUGGACUAAACUAAUGAAAUCAUUUGUACUCAAAGAAUUUAUACUUACUGUUUCACUUCAAUGAAGUAAAGUGAAGUCUCGAAAUUCAAUCGCAUUAUUUUCCAAUGUAUUAUAAAAAAUAUUAAAAUUGUGUUGUUGAAUACAUGAAAAAUAAUACGAUUUGUGAAAACCUAUCAUGAUAUUGUCUGAUAUUGAUUGUACAUACGUAAUUUAAGAAAGUUCUCUUUUAUUUUUGUAUUUAAUAAUGGAAUUCUAAAGGGACAAUAUUGUUAGCUUGUUGUAGUGCAAAUGGAUUGAUUGGCUUUAAAAUUUGAGGUUGUGAGCUGUGUACUGACUUACACAUUUGUCUCGUUCUAGCAUCGCAAACUAGAGCGGGAUGGAUGCUAACUAUUAAUGCUGUCCUGCUUUGUUAAAAAAUCAUCUAUUUACAUCUCUUUCGCUUUUAUUAUGUUAGGAGGCAAGCGAGCACACGGAACUCGUGAUGUUAAUCAAUUACUGUUGAUCAGGGACACCUACAAUAGCACAGUUACAAGUGCGUUGUCGCUCUGUAAGAUGGUAAUACGCUCUUGUAUGUUGGAAGAACCAGAAAUAUCGUGAGCGACUGUUCAUUCCACAGUUUGCAAUAUUUGUACGCGGGGGGUGUAAAUAAAAGAUGUUCUUAUUGAUCCUCCUGGAUCAAGCG